CGCUUCAUUCACUGCAACACGGCCAUGGACAUGAAGUGAUAAUUCGAGAAAACGCUAGCUUAUUGUUUAACACAUGCUAGCAGCAUAAUUUACCCUAUUUUUUUGUUUUAAUUUAGAGGAAAGAAGCAAGCGUAACCUUAAUUUCGAGAAAAGUAAUCCAAAUGAAUAUUAUUCCGACGAAACGAACCGCGUUAAACUUAACGACCGGAGUCAUGAGCUGUCUUAUUCAUCCUCAAAAUGGAGUCGUGGAGGGACCAAUCCACUACGGCUCGGGGAAUUCAUCCCCGCAGAUUGCAGUGGGCUCAUCUAAAGAAAUUCAAAACGGAAAUGUGGGGUCAAACGACACCCCGAAACGACCCAAGAACCUGGUAGUAAACGGGUACGGAACAAAAACCCUCCGGGAAGACAGCGACGACCUCGACGGUGGCUCGUUACCGUGUACUCCGGAUCCAGACGGGGAAAUGGUCUCCAGUUGCCCAGCAGGCGAUGCGGUCCUGGAGAACGACACGAGGCAACUCAUUGGCCGUUUCCUGAGAGACUUUACUGGACUUUCCAAGCCUCAGUGGAAAGAAAGCAGAGCACUAACAACAAUGAAAAGAGUUGUGGAGGACGUUUUGGAUAAACACAGAUACGCAUACAAUGGAAUGGUCAACAAAUUGUCACUGGAUGAAAGGAGGGACGAUGCCAGUUUUGUCAGUGCAGUAGCCACGAGCCUCUUUGCAGACGGAACCACCAACUGGGGUCGGAUCGCCUGCCUAGUGGCCUUCGGGGCAGUGGUGUCACAAUACCUGAAGGAGCGAGGCAGGGACAACUGUGUGGAGCUGGUGGGACAGGAGAUCUCUACGUAUUUGCUAGCCGACCAGCGGGACUGGCUGGUGAAAAACAAUGCCUGGGAUGGUUUUGUCGAGUUCUUCAGAGUAGCAGACCCAGAGUCCACAGUGAGGAACACGCUCAUGGCCUUUGCUGGAUUCGCUGGUAUCGGGGCGACACUGGCCCUGUUGAUCAGGUGAAUUAUUGGACACUCAGAGGCUUAUUUUCACAUGAUGGAUGCUUCCUCCACUUUGAAAUCGGACAUUGAUGGACAUAAACUACUCAUUAGUGGUGCCUUUUCGUCUUUUCUUGGCCUCCCUUCCACCCCCAACUGCAAAACCUACCUUUGCUGUUGACGGAAAUGGAUGGACAUUACUGGCUGCAUUCAACCUUCAAAUAAUUAGGGAUUAUUUAAAUUACAGAGAAAUUUAUUUUUGUAAUAAAUGUAAAUUGUGUUUCUAUGCAAAAUUAAAGGUAAUGGGCAGUCAGUUGACCUGAUAUUUUUUUUUUUUUUUUUUUUGCUUAAUUGUCGCCUAAUUAUGUUUACUAGCUUGUUCAUAAUUAUAUUACAAUUUGUCCUUGCGGAUAUGGCGUUUUGUAAGUAAGCCAGGGCAAAAGCAGGAAGGGGAAUGCUGCAUUUUUCCUUGUUAUGCCCAUUUCCAUAAAGCCCAUUCAUAGCCCUCAGCCAGGGGAGGGGGGGGGGGGGAUUUACAUGAGUGUAGCUCAGCUUCCUGGUUAUGAAAAUGGUAGAUCUGAACUAGGACACAAGAAGCAAGCACAUGUGGGACUUUUUGUCUGGAGAAGUUUGAAGUCUGUUGGAAGGAAAUGCACAAGGACUGAGUUGGAAAGAUGCAGAUUGGGCUGGUCCAAGGCACCAAAGCUGACGGUCGUUGGGAAUGGGGAAUGGCUUUGGUCCUCCAGAGAGAGGAACGGACAAUGAUAAUCAUACAGAUCCUGUUGUAAGCUAACAAAUCUGUAUAGUUGACACAAUAAAAAAAGAAAAGAAAUUCACAUGGUA